UAUUUGUCUUCCACCGCCCCCAUCCACUGCAACAUUCAGGCAGGUUCACCUAAUGUGCUUGUACAGGCUCGGUGAAAAGACGCCGCUGCUGUACUCGGAAAUACUCGGUGAACCGGGAGCGUUCAGAGUGUCCAUCAGCAGCCAAACUUCAAACAACUCUUCUAAACUACAGAUCCUGUAGAACAACACGACAAACAUGGCAGAUCCAAUGACCCAAUCUUCUCAGAUUUCGUCGUCACAAGGCCUCAACAAUGCGCAUUCUGCAUCGUCCAAAGACUCCAAGUUUUCCGAUUCCUUUUUUUCUUCGCCUGUAUCUCUCAUUCAGUCUCCUCAAGACAAAAGAGUGGUACUGGGCUCUGACAAACCUUCAGAGAAUUUGGCCACAUCUCUUCGCUUUUCUUCUCAGUCAAGUUCCUUUUCACCAGUUGCUUAUGGAAACGACUCCUCAGGAUCACCUGCUGACAACACAGAUCGUACCUUCAAAGAGAAACGGGAUCUCUUUGAUUCAUCUUUUGGCUCUCAAAAGCAGGACUCCCCUAUAAAGACAUCCCCAGUGUCUGAGAGAAUCAAAGCACUAGAAGCUUUAGCUGCAAAGCAGAAUGAUUUUGAUAGAAGUGAUGGGGGGUUUCCACAUUUUAAAGAGCGUCAGUAUGAGAAGCCCCCUACUGAGUCACUUGGAAAUUCCUCCCACUUGUCCUUUCAGAAAAGGACAACAACAAAUGAGCAGGAAUCUCAAGAAGCACGCUUUCAGAAGAGGACCAUGCCAAAUGAGCCGGAAUCUCCAGAAUCACUCUUUCUGAAAAGAUCCAUGUCAAAUGAGCAGGAAUUGCCAGAAUCCCCCUUUCAGAAAAGGACCAUGUCAAACGAGCAGGAAUCUACAGAAUCGCUCUUUCAGAAAAGGACCAUGUCAAACGAGCAGGAAUCUACAGAAUCGCUCUUUCAGAAAAGGACCAUGUCAAACGAGCAGGAAUCUCCAGAAUCACCCUUUCAGAAAAGGACCAUGUCAAACGAGCAGGAAUCUACAGAAUCACCCUUUCAGAAAAGGAUCAUGUCAAAGGAGCAGGAAUCUCCAGAAUUGCCCUUUCAGAAAAGGACCAUGUCAAAUGAGCAGGAAUCUCCAGAAUCACCCUUUCAGAAAAGGACCAUCUCAAACGAACCGGAAUCUCCAGAAUCACCUUUUGAAGUGCUUGGAGAGGAAAGGCAUGGAGGUGACUUUGAGGACACUGCUGACUGGAUGAGAGCUCACUUACCUCCAGCACCAGAUUUCAACACUGAAGAUCCAGACUCUCCUAUGGUGCAAGAGAGUCCAUCCAAAGUGAUGAAACCAAACAAUGUUGAUACAGCAGAAGUUCCAGAACCUUUUGCAGGAGUUCCUGAUCAGUUUAUGGACAGUCCCAUCGAAGUGCCAGAUGACAUCAAUCAGUCAAAGGAGGAUGACAACAAGCAAUCAAAACAAGAAAAUAUUGAGGAAGAUUCUGAAUUUAACCUGAACUUUUUACCGACAGCCUAUAUGUGGGACAAACAAGAGAAAGCUGAUAUGGGCUAUCAGGUAUUCCCUGACAAUCAAGAGCUUACUUCAUCCCCUGCUCCUCCUGCAGAUUUUGAGUCUCCAUCACCCCCUGUGUCCCAACAGAUGGAGCCUAGUUCUUUGCAACAUUCCAAUAUUUCAAAGGGAAACUUGGAGCCUGUUGAAAUUCAAGAAGUAGACAGCUCUGGGGAGUCAGAUGAUACAGUGAUUGAGGAAACCAUGAGCAUCCCAACAGUGGGAAACAAUGACUUUGAAACCAAAACCCACAAGGUAGAGGAUACUGUUCCAACCCCUGAAAAACAGCCAAUUCUGGUACCUAUUAUCAAUGUAAUUGAAACCGAGGAACAAGUUUUAAGUGAUGAUGAGGAACCACUUGAGGUAGAAGCAGAAGAGGAGGAGGAUGAAGAAAAGUGUCAGAUAUUUCAAGGAGAAGGCAAAAGGUCACCAGAGCAACAUGACUCAGAUAUUCCAGAACAAGUAUUUAUGGAAACUCUACAUGAUGAGCAUAAGCCUGACCAUGGCAUUUCCUCUCACACAAAUCAAAAUGACUCUGAUGCUGAGCACUCUCCUGAACACAAAGUGAUUGAAGAUGAUCAUGAAAGUGGCAUUUUUCUCCAGUCCUCUCCGGACUCUGGAGGCCUGAAUUCAGAGGACUCUCAAGAACUUAUGUCUCAGAAUUUAGUGACCUUUGAACCCCUUAAAGAGUUAUCCCUUGAUAAAGACCUAGACAAGACUGCAGAAAUACUUUCUGACCUUCCCCCUGACAUCAGUUACCUAUCAAAUGAGCCCAGUGAUGUAGAGACUUACCUUGAUCACUACGACAGUGAAGAGCUUGCUUUAGAAGACCAGCUCAAUUCAUCUUAUUUUAAGGAAAGCAAAGGUGAGAAAACAGAGCUUUUAAAGUCAAGCUGUCUUCAAGAUAAUCAAAAAUCCAAUGUUCCAGAAUCUUUUCAGCAUAUUCCUGAUUAUUUCAGUGAGACACCCAACGAAUGCAGGCUAGACUAUGAAUCUGUGCCUGACCCUUCCCUGUCUGACCCUUCAUCUGAUAUUCCUGAUGAUAUUGAGACUAUAAUCCCUCAAAACAAAAUGCCAAGUGUUGAUUCAGACGAUCAGAAGUCAUCAGUAGAAAUCAAGACUUCAGUCUUGCGGGAACAGGAGGAGUCGACAGUCCAGUCCAUUGAUCGACAGCCACCAGUUCAAGAGAACCCACCUGCACCACUUCCCUCUUUUCACAAUGAGCAGUCUUGCAAAAUCAGAGAAGAUAUUUCUGGCCCUGUGGCAAAUGAGGUUACUGAGGGAUCAGUGAUAACCAAGUCUGAACCUCACGUUGUGCCCACCAAAGAUCUUUUAGAUAGACCGGACUCACCAGAGACCCUAAGUGAUACAGAGACGUUUGAAGCAGAAUGUUCAGUAACCGCAGCGACUGACAGCUUCAUGGAGUUCAUGAGGGAGUGUCUUAAGUCACGGCAGGAUGAGGAACCUGGGGUCCUUAGUCCCGGACACGAAGCUAUAGACCAGAAUCCAAAAUCUGAUGCUCCUGCUUCCACUCAAUCAUCCCCAGCUAUGAUCUUGGACUUGGAGCAGGAGCACCUCACAAUUUCUGCUUUAAAAGAGCUUGGUAGCAGCCAAGAGGACAAAGACAAGGGUAUUCCCACUAAGAAGACUAUCCUAAAGCCUGAUAAUGCUCCACUUCCUACACCUAGACCUGAGGCCUCAGUCACCUCAUCUUCUCACAUGCUUCAAAACAAGUAUCAGCCUGAUGCCUUACUUUCCAAAGAGGUAGAGGCAAUCGACUUUUGGGUAGCAGAGGCCUACCACCUUGCAGAGCAUGUCUUGACAGCAAUACUAACCCAUCUUACAGUGAAUGACCUGGUGCACUGGCGGGACCCUAAGAAGUCAGGUGUGGUGUUUGGCGUGUCGCUGCUGUUGCUGCUCUCUCUGGCAGCAUUUAGCAUGAUCAGUGUGGUCUCCUACCUGCUGCUGGCCCUGCUCUGUGUCACCAUCUCUUUCCGCAUCUACAAAUCUGUCAUCCAGGCCGUGCAGAAGUCCAAUGAAGGACAUCCCUUCAAGGCUCUGAUGGAGAAAGAUGUCACCGUGCCCCCCGAGACCUUCCGCAAGCACGUGGACACCUGUCUCACUCACGUCAACCGUGUGCUCAAGAAGAUGAGCCGCCUUUUUCUGGUCGAGGAUCUGGUGGAUUCCCUCAAGCUGGCAGUGGUUAUGUGGCUGAUGACAUAUGUCGGAGCGGUCUUCAAUGGCAUCACUAUCCUCAUCCUCGCCGACAUCCUGCUCUUCAGUGUACCGCCCAUCUAUGAGAAAAACAAGACCCAGAUUGACCAUUACAUUGGCAUUGCACGCACUCAAGUCAACACUACAUUUGCAAAGCUACAAGAGAAACUCCCAGGAUCGAUGAAGCGCUGUAAAGCAGAAUGAUCCUCCUCUCUGAUCCAUUGUUACCAUGUUUACCAUCCUUUAGCCGCAUCCCCUUCCACUAAGCCCCUCCCCUUUCCCUCUCUUCCCCUGUUUAACCCCACACCUUAAAACAACCAUCUGCACUGAACCAGCUAGUAUGUUAAAUCUAAAAAGCUUCUUGAUAUUCAAUGUUAACUCAGCAGCUUAUUAAUGAGCAUUAGGAAAAGAAGCCCGGGGCUCCAGGAACUGGUGUUCUUCAACACAGGAAGUGAUGUAAUGCUACUGGAUGCCCAUUUUGAAGGCCAGUGCACAAAAGGAUUUGUGAACUAGACUGAACCUAUGACCUGGUUUUGAGUGUUGGGUUGGGUGGUGCUGUAGUAAUGAAUAAAGACAGGUGUUUGACUCAAAAGCAAAUGUCUGCAAUUUGAAAAAAUAUAUAAAUUAACAUUUCACUGAAAAAUGCUGACCAAAAAAAAAAAAGAGAACUUUGAAACAUACUUUCUUUCCUCUUUGUUAUGCAAAAAAUGUGUAUGUAUCCAUCUGAAAUGCACUGAACCGUUCUAGACUUGCACGUUUUGAUCAGUUAGGAUGGAUCGGGAUGCUACCAGCAGUGAUAAUUCGGUCUAGUUCACUCUCCUCCGUUAUUGGCGCAGUUUUUAAUUUUGUGUAUGUAUAUAUAGUUCGAUUACAACAGGCUCUUUGCUGUGAAGUAGUUAGUGUUGCUUUUUAUAUUUAAAAAAAAAAAAAAAUAUAUAUAUAUAUAUACAGCUCUUAUAUUUGUCUCUUCCGCAACUCUCUCGCAAAUAUGAGUUGAGUUCACAUGUAAAUGUUAUUGUUAUUACUCUUCAAAUAAUAGUUAUUAUAUCUCGAUUAGGAUGGCUGCUUUAAGUCCCCUGUCUGACAUUGGCUUCUUAACAAUAAAUAUGAAUAACCUUAAGAUUGAGUUUUAUGUAUAGGAUCGUCAGAGCACCAGAAUACAGGAGAGGAAGGCAAUAACUUUCUGCUUGAUGUGAUGUUGGCCCCACAAGUCAUCGAUUUUUGUUAAAACGGGGCCAGUGCCUAUAAUUCACGUCAUCUAGAAAAGUAAGACCCCAGCAUUUUGGGGCAUCGUUUACCACCUUGGGCACUGAGGAAGUUUAAAUAUUUUAAAAAGGCUGCAAAGAACUAUUAUUAAAGCUGGAUAAUUACACUUACUAAUCACAUGUGGUAACACUGUUUUUCCUUGAAAGUCGAAACCCCACUGUAAACACUGUCGGCUUUUAGGAUACAACUACAAGGGUGAGUUUAUUUCUGAAAGGGAAGGGUAGCAUAGGAGAAAUAGCUUCAGGUUGGGCCGCUGUGUUUAAAGCAGCGUCAGUCAGCGCAAAAACUACUCAAAUGCAUUCAUGCACACGAUUUGACGUGAUAAAUGGAUUAUCUACCAUAUAUCAAGUUAGUCAUAUUGUUGCUUUUGUUACUGCAUAGUCUGUCCGCUCCUGAUGGUUUUAUGGCAUUGUUCGCUUAACAUUCCAGCUGAUGCAGUUGGAAGCAUGUCCAAAUUGGAAAAUUGAAGUUUUAACACGAACACGUUCCAUCACUUUUUAAAAGUUUGUUUUCUAAUAUACUUUGAUUUUGCUGUUCAUGAAUUCUUUUUUUUCUCUCUCUCUCUCUCACCCUUUGUGUCGUAUACAUGCUUACACACAUGAUCAGAUUUCGACAGAAGUGUCUAGUCAUUGUGUUGCUUAACGAGCAUGUUCUACAGUCGAGAUCACAUGUGCGGUGUUGUUUUCCAAGAACAGGUCAAGCUCUGACAAUUUGCAUUACCACAUUGUUUUCUUUGCGUUUAAGGGUAAAUUAUGACUAUAUAACUAAUUAUUUAAUAGAUGCAAACCUCUCUGUUUAGGUUUCUUGUCAUAUUAUUUGCUUUCUUCUCUUCUGAGGUUCAGUUUAAUCAUUUGGGUUUUUUUACUUAUUCCUGUAGUACUUUAGCAUGUUUGCUGUUUCUUUUUUCCUGUGUUUCUCUCUGAGGAGGGUUGACGGAGGUCACAUUCUUUUUGCUUUUGACUCUUGAAGACUAGAUGUGAUGACUAACAUCUACAUUCAGUUUGUUAGUUUUGAAUUAAGUGAAUAUGUGGGAGCUUUUGAGGAAAAAGCAAAAGAUGCAAACAGGAAAUCUUGUGCUCCCUGUAAUGAUGUCAAAGUGAAAUUAAUAAAAAUGCCAAAAGCGUUU